AUGAACACAGUCACCAUUCUGGGGUCAUUUUUGUUGCUGUUUCCAGCGCACUACCAUGCAAUAAUAGACCCUCCCUCAUGUGAGUCAUCGUCCUUCAAGUGUGUCUCCUCACUCCGGCAGCAGGACUGCCCGAAAGGCGAAGUCCUCAUCUCGGGUGGUUCGCUCAACGGGUGCUGUCCCGGGUGUCGUGGUGGUCGCUUUUAUCUAGCGGUCUGCAACGACAACAUCCCCGAUCGCCACUGCGCUCCCGGACUGAAAUGCAGCGCCCGGAAGUGUAUCUACGAUCGCUCUACCUGUCUGCACACAAUGCAUCUUGACAAAAGCCUGGUCGGUUGGGUGCCGAAGUGUAACCUGGAUGGGACGUAUGCAGCCAAGCAGUGUCGGGGAGAUCGCCUUUCUGGGCGCUGUUUCUGCUACAGUGAAGAUGGAAAACGGAUCUUUGGCUGGGAUUGGUACCGCUAUACCGACCAAAUGACGUGUGACUGCAGUAGAAGACGUUACAAGCUGGAGAAAGAAGGACGCUUUGAUGUGACACUGCACUGUAUGCAAAACGGGAACUACGAGGAGCUGCAGUGCGACUCGGGACUGUGUUGGUGUGCGGACAAGUUUACGGGAAGUGUGCAGCUGGGAACGACUGUGAUUCACGAGAGCUUGUGGACAUUGUUGCCUUGCUAUAACAGUACACUGCACGGUGAGUCGUACUUGCGUCAAUGUGAAAGUGCUGCCUACGCCCAGAAAAUGAUCCUCAAGAAGUUCUACACGCGCGGAACAAUUGGGGUAACCUUCAACGAGGUACGUUGCGACUACGAUGGCGCUUACGGACUGUUUAGGGUGGACAAUGGAGUUGUCUACUGUACCUGGCGCGAUGGAAAGAAGAUUGGUUCGUUUCAGAUACGAUCCAACAUGCUGUCGUCAGUCAACUGUUACUGUGCACGUGACGCAACCAUCUACCGGGACGAAGGGAUACCAUUUACGUUGGCCUGUGGAGGAAAUGGAAACUACGAGUACUCGCAGGAUCUGAACGGAAAGCUCUUCUGUGUUGAUAGCGAUGGAUACGUCGUGACCACCGACGUGGCACCGAACGAAGCGUGUGACAAGUUCAUCUACAACUCGCCCUUCUACGAUGAGGACUAAGUAGCGAGUCGAGUUACACUUCGUUGAAGCCAUGUCUUGUUUUGUUUGCAGGACUUCACCGGGUGCAAUAGCAUUGGGUGAUUGAUGAUCGAUCCAAUAGAUCGCUGUUAAAGGUUAAAUGUAUCUGCAGUGAAUCAGAGUCUUUCAAAUCGCUUUCUAACGAAAAGACUUGAUCCCAUUCAAACAAACAGAAGGCCACAACAACACUUUAGGGUUGGUUUAAUUAGGACUUUAGUCUCGUCUAGUCUAGUCUAAUAAGGACGUUUACUCUAGUUUACGAAACCGAGCACAAUAAUAACGUCGACACUGACAAAUUUGCUGGUGGAUUGGGUGUUAAAUGUGGGUGCCUUAAGGUAAAACACAACCUUCCAGCACAUGGACAGGUUACGCUACCCAUUUCGUAUAGCUGGUCUGGUCUGGUCUAUUGACAAAGAUUUAAUUGCAUCAUUGAUUAAUGUUUUGAAUAUCGCAAAGCCGAAUUCAACUUUUCCUUCUGCAGGCUUCGCACCAUACAUCAUAUUCGCAUUUGUUGGGCCACCAGAGUUUCGAUUCAAUUCGAUUUCGAUUUUAUAUGAAAAUGUG